CUUUAGGCCCUGGUCUUUUUAUUCCAACUUAACCUUGCGCUGUCGCUGUGAUGUUUGCGAAGCUUACCGCCCUUGUGGGCGGUGGCUACUCGUUUCCCUAUGUAGUAGAAGAUGCUUACGACAGCGCUUGGGGACAGUGGACCCAUCAUCGCGGCAAGGCAAAGGACGACAACGCCCCUGUUUCCAUCUUCCGGAUCAGUGCAACGGAUCCAAAUGACCGAAGAUUAGUUUGCGCUCGCAACGGCGUUAAACGUCUAAAAAUGCUACGGCACCCCAAUAUCCUUGCGUACAAGGACAGCACGGAGACUACCGAAAAGGGCGCCACAGUAAUCCUGUUGGUGACGGAACCGGUCAAGCCCCUGAAGGAGGUGCUUAAGGAGUUGGACCUGCAAGGCCAGCAUAGGGACGAGUACUUUGCGAUGGGUAUGCUGCACAUGACCAACGCCGUCAGCUUCCUGAACAACGACUGCAAGCUGAUCCACGGCAACCUGUGCAUGGCUGCGGUGCUGGUGACCGCCUCCCUGGACUGGCGGCUCAGCGGCUUCGACCUGCUCAGCGAGCACGCGCUGCCGCCGGACCACCACCUGCAGCACAGCGCCUGGAUGGUGGGCGACCAGUACAAGGCCGCCGAGCUGGCCCGCUCCGAGUGGUCGGUGAUCCAGCAGGGGCCGCCCUGGGCGGUGGACGCGUGGGGGCUGGGCUGCCUGACGCAGGAGGUGUUCAGCUGCACCGAGAUGGCGAGCGUGGAGGACCUCAGGCGCACGGACGUCAUCCCGCCCGCGCUGCUGCAGGACUACCAGCGGCUGCUGAGCUCCGCCCCCGCGCGCCGCCUGAACCCCUCCAAGGUGGCGCAGUGCCGCUUCCUGAACAACCGGCUGGUGGAGGUGGUGGCCUUCAUGGAGAACAUCGCAGUCAAGGACACCGUGGAAAAGGAGUCCUUUUUCCGGCGCCUGCCCGGCAUCCUGCCCUCCAUCCCCGCGCCCGUGGCGGUGCGCAAGCUGCUGCCACUGCUGUCCAGCGCGCUGGAGUUUGGCGGCGCGCCCCCGCUGGCGGUGUCGGCGCUGCUGGUGAUCGGUGCGCACCUGGAUGCGGAGGAGUUCAACCGGCGGGUGGUGCCCUGCCUGUCCAAGCUCUUCGCGUCCACGGACCGGGCUCUGCGGCGGUCGCUGCUGGAGUCCGUGGAGCAGUACAGCCAGCACCUGACCACCCCCAUCAUCGAGGAGCAGAUCUACCCGCAGCUGCAGACCGGCUUCACGGACACGCACGCAUACAUCCGCGAGCUCACGCUCAAGUCCAUGCUGUCGCUGGCGCCCAAGAUGACCAACAAGACGCUCGUCACGUCGGUGCUCAAACACCUUUCGAAGCUGCAGGUUGACGAGGAGCCCAGCAUCCGCGCCAACACCACCGUGCUGCUGGGCAACCUGGCUUCCUACCUGGGGGACGCCACCUGCCGCCGGGUGCUGCUCAACGCAUUCAGCAGGGCGCUCAAGGACGGCUUCCCGCCGGCGCGCAUUGCGGGGCUGCGGGCGCUCGCGGCGACCAAGCAGUACUACUCAUCGGAGGACGUGGCGAUGCGGCUGCUGCCAGUGGCCUGUCCGCUGGCCAUGGACGCCAUCCCCGAGGUGCGGCAGGGUGCGCUGCUGGUGCUGGACACCUUUGUGAAGGUGCUCAAGGAUGAGGAGGAGGUACGGCGGAGCAAGGAGGUGGCGGCGGCGGAGGCAGCGGGACCUGCCGGCGCUGGCGCAGCAGGAGGCGGAGGUAGCUCGUCGUACUUUGUGGGUCAGGCUCCCAGCGUGCUAGGCGCCACGAGCAGCAUGCUGACGUGGGCGGUGUCUGGGCUGAUGAACACGGUGGGGGGAGCGGCGCCGGCGGCUGGAGCGCCGAGUGCCGCGGCAGCGGGUUCGCCUAAGGUGGCCAGUCCGCCCGGCAGGGUGGCGGGGCUGGGCAGUACCGGCGGCACUGCCGCUGUCGCCGCUAGCAGCCGGCCGGCGGCGGUGACAGCGCCUGUCCCGCCUGCUGCUGCUGCGGGGGCGAGUAAGACGAGCGGUGACGGCUGGGAGGAUGAUGAUGAUGAAGCAUUCGAGGUGGACGAGGCGGAGCUGGCAGCCCGGGCGCGCUUCUCCGCCAAGCCCGCAGCCACUACCAGCCGACCCGCACCCGCACCCACAACCGCACCUGCGGCCCGAGUCCCCUCCACCUCCACCACCACCGCCGCGCCGGCGCUGUCCGCUAGCCGUACUGCCAGCGGCGCCCUCGGCAGCAGCAGUCGCUUCGCCGCGGAUGAGCCUGCAGAGGCCCUUAAUGCGGCUGGCGGCGGAUGGGGCGACGAUGCUGAUGAUCCGGAGAUGUGGGAGGACAUGGAUAAGGGCCCCAAGCCCAAGCCGGCAGCCGCAGCGGCGCCCGCUGCUGCUCGGGCGUCGGCCUCAGGGGCAGCUGCAGCUCGGCGGGCGGCGGGUGCUGCGGCGAGAGCAGGGGGCGACGGGGCUGCUGCCAAGCCGAAGCUGGGUGCCAUGAAGCUAGGAGCCACGAAGCUGGGGGCCACCUCCACGGGCGGUUCCAAGAGCAAUUUGUUGGGGAGCGAUGACCCGGAUAACUGGUAGAGAUUAGACUGGUGCUGUUGGGUGCUUUGGGGUAGGGGGCUAGCUCACGACGACGUGCACUGUGCAUGCUGGGGAACCAGCGCGACUUGACUAAUGAGGUUAUGACAAAUGGGGGGUUUGGCUGUUUGCCUGGUCACGCCCUAGUGCAGAUGCUCGCAGCUGGUAUAGGUGGUCUGCCCAAGGCUUGGAGGGCAGCAGGUUUCUUGGCUUCGGCAGCAUGCAUAGUGGUUGCGGGUGAUGUAUUUAAGUUAGUCGUCCAGGAUAUCCGUGCCUUACAUUCUCCCGCAAGACGUACAGGAUGAUCACGUUUCAUCCAAAGCCAGGUUACAAGCCAGUCAUUGC